AUGUACUGCUACACCGCAUACUUCUACUAUCAGGUCAUCCGCCACGCCGUGCGUCUGUCCAACCGCUACGCGUCCCUCGUGCAGCACUGGCCAGCGAGCAGCAGCGGGCUCUACCCCGGCUGGAUUACCGGCCGCAAGGUCGACCUCUCAGACGACCAGUGGCGCAACUUUCGCGGAAACCUCCCCAUCCUGACCGUGGUCAUGGGAGUCUUGUGCGGCUUGGCUUUGGUUAUCAGGCUCGGGGUCGCAGGCUCGGCCCGAAGCAAGGACGGGUUGGUGGGGGGUGGGAAGAGGUGGGGCAGCGGGGGAGGACACGUGUUGGCGUGGUAUUGGCUGGUCGCGUCGCUAGCGUAUGUGGUGUACCUGCACGAGGCGAGUACAUGCGGCUCCUACAUCCUCAUCCGCUCGUACGACGGCUUCAGAUUCGCCCACAUCCCCCUUGUGGGCGGCAGUUUGUCCUUUCUGGACCCAUACAGGGGGGUGUUCCGCUGGGAGAUCUGCUACAACCUGCUGCUGCUGCGCAUGAUCAGCUUUGGGCUCGAUUACUACUGGGCCGCCCGUGACGCAGCAGCAGCAGCGGCCGCAGCUGCAGCAGCAGCGCAGGGAGUGCAGGGAGUGCAGGGAGCAGGGGUGAAGAGUCCCGGGGGAGGGUUAUCAGAGGGAGAGCCGCUGCUGGGGGCCAAGAUCACAGGCACUGUCAGUGGCAGCAGCGUGGGAAGCAGCUUCCUGGAAGCUCACCGAGCCAAGUGCUUGCAGUGCCGGCAGGGCCAGGCAUGCUACACGGCGCGGCAGGGGGAGAGCCUCCCUCUGGCUGCAUACUCCCUCCCGGCCUACCUCGCUUACCUGCUCUUCGCCCCACUCUAUAUCUCCGGCCCUAUUGCCUCUUUCAACGCCUUCACCUCGCAGCUCGACACCCCACAAAAGACGAUGUCCGCCACCCGCGUCGCCGUCUAUGCCGUCCGGCUGGCAGCGUCCUUUCUCCUCAUGGAGCUCAUGAUGCACUUCUGCUACUUCCAGGCACUUGCCAAGUCCGCCGGACCCUGGUUCUCGGAAGCUUCCCACAGCACCGGGGGGAACGACCUAGGCAGUGCCUUAUGGGGCCAAGAGGCUCCAGGGAAUCUUGCUCUGGGGAUGAGCAUAGUGAGCUACGGCGUCCUUAACUUCAUGUGGCUGAAAUUCUUCCUCAUCUGGCGCUUCUUCCGUCUAUGGGCGCUCGUGGCCGGCGUGGAAACCCCCGAGAACCUUCCGCGGUGCAUCAACAAUAACUAUGAUAUCGAGGGGUUCUGGCGUGGGUGGCAUGCGUCGUACAACAAGUGGAUCGUGCGGUAUCUGUAUAUCCCGCUGGGCGGCGGGAAGCGGAAGCUAGUGAACGUGUGGAUCGUGUUCACGUUUGUGGCGCUGUGGCAUGACCUGGAGUGGAAGCUGCUGUGGUGGGCGUGGCUCACGUCGCUGCUCCUCGCACCAGAGAUGAUCGUCAAGGCCAUCGGGAACCUCAAAGCCCUGCAGGGCUUCCGCAAGUCAUGGCUUUACCGGGAGUGCUGUGCAAUAGCCGGCUCCAUCAACGUUUUAGGCCUGAUGGCGGCCAACCUGGUGGGCUUUGUGGUGGGGCUGGACGGCGUGCGCGGCUUCCUCUCCUCCUUCCUCUCAGACCCCUUCCUUGUACUCGUUACAGUCUUCUCCAUGUACGUUGGCGUGAAGCUCAUGCUGGAGAUUAGGGAAGGCGAGGCGUGGGCGAAGGCGAGGCAGAGCGUGGUGGGGGUGGAGGGGGCAGGGGUGGGUGUGAAGGUGGAGCAGGGGUUGCCGGGUGGGGUGGAUGACAAGCAUGGGCAUCAGAUUACCGACUCUGUACCAUGGGCGUCUGGUGCUACAGUAUGUUGCAUUCCGCGUGAUACCUUCAAGCAGACAGAAAUGGCUGCCCUCGCCAACGCUGCUGUUGCUCCCUCCACCUUCGUCGGCCAGAGCGCUGAGCUCGCCGCCAAGGUCAACAAUGUGGAGGCCCGCGUCUCCAUGAGGAAGACGGCCAAGGCCGCCCCCUCCAGCUCCUUCUACGGCCCCGACCGCCCUCUGUUCCUGGGCCCGUACUCCUCCCCCCCCUCGUACCUGACCGGCGAGUAUGCUGGUGACUACGGCUGGGACACCGCGGGUCUGUCCGCCGACCCCGAGACGUUCGCCAAGAACCGCGAGCUGGAGGUGAUCCACGCCCGCUGGGCUCUUCUCGGCGCCCUGGGCUGCCUGACCCCCGAGCUGCUGGCCAACAACGGCGUCGAGUUCGGCGAGGCCGUGUGGUUCAAGGCCGGUGCCCAGAUCUUCUCCGAGGGCGGCCUUGACUACCUCGGCAACCCCAGCCUGAUCCACGCGCAGUCCAUCCUGGCCAUCUGGGCCACCCAGGUCAUCCUGAUGGGCGCCGUUGAGAGCUACCGCGUGGGUGGCCUCGAGGGCUUCCAAGAGGUUGAGGACCCCCUGUACCCCGGCGGUGCCUUCGACCCCCUGGGUCUGGCUGACGACCCCGACGCUCUGGCCGAGCUGAAGGUGAAGGAGCUGAAGAACGGCCGCCUCGCCAUGGUGUCGAUGUUCGGAUUCUUCGUCCAGGCCAUCGUGACCGGCAAGGGUCCCCUUGAGAACCUGUCCGACCACCUGGCUGACCCCACCGUGAACAACGCCUGGGCCUAUGCCACCAACUUCACCCCCGGCCAGUAA